CUGUCUAUAAAGUUCAAGACAGCCAAUUUGGACAUCAUUGAACUAGUAGCAGCGACAUACUCUGUUCUUUUCUCUUUUCUUUCAUGUAAGACAACAAUCAUAACUCAACCUCCACCUCCGCCAUGUCCUCCGCCUCUGAAUUACCCGAACCAGAUGUCCAGAUCCUUACUUCCAGCGGCGUCCGCAUCCCCGCUCACUCCAGCAUCUUGGCAAUGGUGUCGCCAGUGCUGGACAACAUAAUGGAAAGGCCAGUUGAGCAUGGGAGCUCUGAGAGAGUUAUCCCCAUUCUCGGCGUUCCAUGCGACGCCGUUACCGCUUUUAUUAAAUACCUCUAUAAUUCCAUGUGCACGGAGGAGCAAAUGGAGAAAUAUGGAAUUCACCUGCUAGUAUUAUCACACGUUUAUUUGGUGCCACAGCUGAAGCAGCGGUGCAGCAGGGGAGUGAGUCAGCGGCUGACGGUGGAGAAUGUGGUGGACGUGCUCCAACUCACCGGGCUCUGCGACGUACCCGACCUUUACCUCAAGUGCUUGAAGCAGGUCACCGCCCGUUUCAAAGCUGUCGAGCAAACCGAAGGCUGGAAAUUCAUGCAGGAACAUGAUCCCUGGCUGGAGCUCCACAUUCUCUGAUUUAUGGACGAAGCUGAAUCGAGAAAAAAGAGAAGGUGGCGUCAGAGGAAAGAACAGCGCUUGUAUUUACAACUAAGCGACGGACUCGAGUGUUUGGAGCACAUUUGCAGGGAAGGGUGCACAACGGUGGGGCCGUACGACGUCGAGACGGCAAAGAAACCGAGCCCCUGCGACAAGUACGCGACGUGCCAAGGUGUCCAGAUGUUGAUAAAGCAUUUGGUUUUGUGUAAGAGAAGGGCAAGUGGCGUAGGCUGCUGUCGCUGCAACCGCAUGUGGCAGCUCCUUAGACUCCAUUCCUCCAUCUGUGAUCACCCUGAUUCUUGCAGGGUUCCACUUUGCAGGCAAUUCAAAUGGAAAGCAAACAGAAAAUGAGGGAGGAUGCGAAGUGGAAGCUGCUUGUGAAGAAGGUCUGCUCGGCCAAAGCUAUGUCGUCGCUGUCUCUACCCAAGAGAAAGAGAGAGGAGGAGCUGAAGGAAACAAUGGGCAGAACUGCUCAUGCAUUGAAAACCUUCAGAUUAUAUUGAGCUUCUAUGGAAAUUAAGAACUUGGUGUCUGUAAAAAUAGUCCAGUGAGUCAAACCUUUUGAUCCUUAUGAGUUGAAAUUAUGUCCUUGUGAGUUGUCUUUUUUUUUUUUUCUGGCUAGCUAGCUUCAGUGGGUGAGAUGAGGGCAGUAAGCUAAAUUGUUCGAUCCGUAUGGGUGGAAAUUAUGUGGUUGUGAGAUGUUUUUCUUGGCUAGCUAUAGAUUUUUUUUAUUUAAUAGAAAUUUAGCAACGUUUUGGGAUUACAUAGAAUUUUAGCUUGAAUUAUGUGGUCGAGAGUUUGAGUAUGUUGUAUGAAGUGUCUGCUUGUAAUAUUAUAAACUUGUCCAGUUAGUGCAUGUGAAAAGGUUUUGGUCGAAAAUGACUCAAAUUAUUAAAAACAUGAAAAUUUUGGAUUA